UUCAUUGCAGGUAUGAUCAUAUUAGGGCAGAGUGUUCUCUUUUAUUUGUGAUUGCAAGGAUGUUGCCGAUUGAUCCAUCGAAGAGGAACAGCUUUGAGCGGCAUAUUUGUGAAGGGGAUUUGGUUAUUGUAUAUGAGAGACAUGAUAACAUGAAGGCCAUCAAACUACAGAAGGAUUCAGUGUUCCAGAAUAGAUUUGGUGUUUUUAAACAUUCAGACUGGAUAGGAAAGCCUUUUGGGUCCAAGGUGCUGAGCAACAAGGGUGGUUUUGUUUACCUUUUAGCCCCAACUCCUGAGUUAUGGACCCUGGUCCUGAGCCACAGGACUCAGAUUUUAUAUCUUCCUGAUAUUAGCUUUGUGUUAUCCUACCUGGAAAUUGUGCCUGGUUGUUUGGUUCUUGAGUCUGGCACAGGAAGUGGUUCUUUAACAACCUCUCUUGCCAGAGCUGUUGCUCCUUCUGGCCAUGUUUACACAUUCGAUUUUCAUGAGCAAAGGGCAAAUUUGGCUAGGGAAGACUUCAAAAGAAAUGGGUUGAGCAGCUUGAUUACAGUGACUGUCCGAGACAUUCAAGGGGAAGGAUUUCCUGAGGAGUUCUGUGGGUCUGCUGACUCGGUGUUCCUUGACCUCCCCCAGCCUUGGUUGGCAAUGCCAUCCGCUGGAAGAAUGUUGAAGCAGGAUGGUGUAUUAUGCUCAUUUUCUCCAUGCAUAGAGCAAGUGCAGCACUCAUGCGAGGCUUUAAAAUCAAAUUUUACAGAUGUAAGGACAUUUGAGGUGCUUCUUCGGACUUACGAAAUCAAAGAGGUAAGAAUGGAUGGAAAUGGAGGUGGCGAGGGUUCUCCUGUGGGGCCUUUCCCUCGCAAGAGAAGGCAACGUUUGUCAGGUGAAGGAAACAAUGGAAAUGUGGAGCAAACUACUACUGCUGUCAUGGUUAGGCCAUGCAGUGAGGCAAGAGGACAUACUGGAUAUUUGACAUUUGCGAGACUUGCAUGUAUCUGAUGUAGUAGGUGGGUCAGUUGAUAUAACUAUUAUUACUCACUUGUCUAAGCUAUGUCAUGCAUUAUAUCUGUUGCCUGACAUCAAGGUAAUAGAGAACCGUUUGUUAUCAGGCACUCUUGUGGAAGGUGGGGCUUUGCAUACACUGCAAAUCAUUAAAACAGCGAUGCCAACAGCUUGAAGCGUCCAACAGAGGACGUGGUGGACUGGCUGUCAUUAAUAGCCGUUCGAGGAACAUUGUCUACAAAUUGUCCGCAGGUCCGAAACACAGAAAAUGUUAAUGGCCUAAUAAGCCUUAAUCUAAUUAUUACUAUUUUGAGCAAGGGUCAGGCCAAGGUUCGUUACAAUGACCAAAUUGAUGGUGCGAAAUUUAGGUAAUGGUUGAUUGAACAAGAGUUGUUUCU